AUGGUUAUAGUUGCACCAACGUAUUUUACUCCACGGCUCCUCCAGCCACAGAAGAUAUUCUUCCACGAGGAGGAUCUGCGGCAUGGAAUCAAGAGUCUCCGAAAUAGCGUGAUGGAAAAAUCGAACUUGAGGUUGAAUCCCUUUAGAUCACCGGAUAAAAAACAUUAUGCCUUGUCACAGCAGAUACCACUGAGUAGCUACGAUUAA